AUGCGAAAGGGAGUCGAACAGAGGAUCAUGGCCGCCGCGGGGGUGUCGGAGCUGCCCCUCGGGGGCGUGCUGCCGUUGAAAGGGCGUCCGCGGGUGCGGGUGCCCUGCUCGUCUCACCCUCGUUCCAUUGCUGCGGCACGGGGACAGAAGGCGUCGCACGUGGCGGAUGCGGCCAGGAUGAGUGUCAGUGACAUGUCCAGCCAGAUAAAGGAAAUGAGGAGUCAAAUUGAAGAGGACGAGAUGGUCAAGUCGAUGAUGUCUGGCCUUCGUGGUUCGAACAUGAACAAUGACGACUUUGCAGCUGAAAACGUCCGCAUGAAGUUGAUAAUGGUCGAUCCCGAUUCUGAGGACAGCCUUCCACAAACUUACGACCCCGAUCUGAUUGCCAAGUUCUGGGGUGCAAGGCCGGUGGCCGUCUCAACACGAAUCCUCCAGCUCCUUUCCAUCAGCAGCGGCUUCUUGAGUUCUAUCAUCUUCGACUUCCUGCGAGGUCGUCUGAAGGAGAACGAGGUCAAACAUGCGAUCGAACUCCGUAACAUCGUGACGUCGCUGGGGCCAGCCUACAUCAAGCUGGGCCAGGCACUGUCCAUUCGCCCCGACAUUUUGUCGCCCGCUGCCAUGACUGAGCUACAGAGGCUGUGUGACAAGGUGCCCAGUUUUCCGUCAGAUGUAGCAAUGAAGGUCAUUGAGGAGGAGCUUGGCAGACCAGUGUCGGAGAUAUAUGACGAUCUUACCCCAGAGCCCAUCGCUGCUGCUUCCCUAGGACAGGUGUAUAAAGGAAAGCUGAAGACAGGUGAAACAGUGGCAGUGAAGGUCCAACGCCCCUAUGUCUUGGAGACUGUGACGAUCGACUUGUACAUCAUCCGGAGAAUUGGCAUGUUCUUGAAGCGGUUCGAACAGAUCACAACAGAUGUUGUGGCAUUGUUGGAUGAGUGGGCUGCCCGUUUUUUCGACGAGCUGGACUAUGUCAAGGAGGGAAACAGCGGGAACAAGUUUGCUGAGAGUAUGAAAGUGGACUUGCCACAGGUGGUGAUCCCCAAGACGUACACGGACUUCACAUCCAGGCGUGUCUUGACCACAGAAUGGCUGGAGGGCGAAAAACUGUCCCAGAGUCAGGCGGACGAUGUUGGUGCUCUGGUCAAUGUCGGGGUCAUCUGCUAUUUGAAGCAGCUGCUUGAUACUGGCGUGUUCCAUGCAGACCCACAUCCAGGCAAUCUGAUUCGCACUCCAGAUGGACGGUUGGCAAUUCUUGACUUUGGCUUGAUGACAGAGGUUGGCGACAACAUAAAGUAUGGGAUGAUCGAGGCCAUAUCACAUCUCAUCCACCGAGAUUACGAAGCCAUUGUUGAGGAUUUUGUCACAUUGGAUUUCAUUCCCCCAGGGACUGACCUCAAGCCCAUAUUGCCAGUUCUUGCCAAGGUGUUUGACCAAGCUCUUGAGGGGGGUGGUGCGAAGAACAUCAACUUCCAGGAGCUUGCAGCUGACCUGGCCCAGAUCACGUUCGACUACCCGUUUCGGAUUCCUCCCUAUUUUGCACUGAUCAUCAGGGCGAUCGGUGUUCUGGAGGGGAUUGCUCUUGUGGGCAAUUCGGAUUUUGCACUUGUCGAUGAGGCAUUCCCCUACAUAGCCAAACGCCUUCUGACUGAUGACUCAGAGAGGCUGAGGGCAGCACUCAGAUACAUGAUCUAUGGCAAGAAUGGGGUGUUUGAUGCUGAGCGGCUCAUUGACGUGCUGGCCGCCUUUGAAGACUUCAAAUUGGCCUCAAUCUCUGCUAGAGGUGACCUUGAUGACAGCUCGAGCUUGCCUGUGGGCGCGCUUUCCAAUGCACCGCGGAGCAGUACUUCCACUGUUCCAGAACCUUCCACAUCUGGACGUAGUGGCAGCGGCUGGCCUGCACCAGGAUCUGCUGGUUUUCCUGCUCCCUGGCCAGUCCCAUUCCCUGCUCCUGCAGGAUUUGUGGAUGGCUCAGAAAAUUCCCUUGAUGCCUCCAUGACAGGGUCUGCCAGCACAGCGCUACCAGCAAGUGCAGUGGGUAUAGGUGGAAGCGAUGCCAACGUCCGCGAGGCUCUGCGGUUCCUGUUUGCCCCCGAGGGGUCACUGUUUCGGGAGUUCCUCAUGGACGAGCUUGUCAAGAGCAUAGACGCCAUGUCUCGCAACCAGCUGAAGACUUUGGUGUUGUCCUUGGGCCUCCAGAACGUCAUGCUCCCGGUGCCUGUGCCGUUCGCCGCCAGGCCACUGGUGCCCUUGGCGCCCGAGGUCUCAGAAGAAGACCUGCAGGUCAUCGCCAACAUCAAGAAGAUCAUGGACUUCCUGCUUGGGGGCGACGCCGAGCGCGUGUUCAGAGGCGGCUCGCCUCAGCUCCUGCAGAGCCUGGGCCCCGUGCUGCCGGGCAUCGCGGAGGAAGUCCUUCCUGAGAUUGCGCAAAGAUUGACGUCUAGGAUUGCUGCACGGUUUAUUCGGGACGUCUUCACUUGA